GAUUGCCCACGCAUUUUAGUUCGGGAAACCCCGCACACACGUUUGUCGGCCAUAUUGAAUAUUGUGUUCAUUGGGACUUGCGGCAUUCGUUGGAGUAGUUGAAUAAUUUGUUUUCUACGAGAUCGAAGAUCAGUCCAUCGAACAGAAAUGGGUACCAGGGUUUAUAUUGGACGCUUAAGUUACCAAACUCGGGAGAGGGACGUGGAAAGGUUCUUCCGUGGAUUUGGACAUUUGCGAGAAGUCAACUUGAAGAAUGGUUUUGGGUUUGUGGAGUUUGAUGAUCCCCGGGAUGCUGAUGAUGCAGUUUAUGAACUAAAUGGCAAAGAUCUUUGCGGUGAAAGGGUGAUAAUUGAACAUGCCCGUGGUCCUGUCAGAAGAGAUAGAGAUUCCGGUGGUUACAGAGGUAGUGAACGUGAUUAUAGAGGUGACCGUGGUGGUGGUUAUGGACCUCCCAGAAGGAGGGGCGGAGGAGGCGGAAUAGACAAGUACGGGCCACCAACACGUACAGACAACCGUCUGAUUGUUGAGAAUCUAUCCAGUCGUUGUAGUUGGCAGGACCUGAAAGAUUACAUGAGACAAGCUGGAGAAGUGACCUAUGCCGAUGCCCACAAAGAACAUAAAAAUGAAGGUGUUGUUGAAUUUGCCACGUAUUCUGAUAUGAAAAAUGCCAUGUCCAAACUUGACGGGACAGAAAUCAAUGGUCGCAAAGUAAGGCUAGUUGAAGACAGACCAAAGAGACGACGUUCAAGGUCUCCUCGCUCUCCAUCUCGAAGUCGGUCAAGGUCCAUAAGUCGAUCACGAUCCAGGUCUCGUUCUCGAUCUCGCAGCCGAUCUCGCAGCAAAUCUAAUAGUCGUAGCAAGUCGAAGAAGUCUCGUUCCCCAUCAGAAUCUCCAAAAUCCAGAUCUGUUAGUCCUAAAAGCGACCAGGACUAACUGUCUGCCCACGUGCCCUGUCCCCCCCCCAUCUUCACUUCAUUUCAUGAUUCAUUGUAACUAUGGUAUCUUACAUUUCUAUGAAGUUUAAAUACUCUCCAUGUAGUUAUAAUUAGUUCUUAAAGAAAGCAAGUAUUUGUUAGCAGUGGGGGAGCUCCCUAUAUUAAACAGCAUAUCGUUGCAUAAGGAUAGUGUAUAAAACUAGUAAUAAACCUGUGCAGCUCCCUUAUUAGGGAAAGCAGAAGCGUAAUCCAUCACAAUAAUUUAAUCACUUAAAUGGUCAAAUGAGGGAGUGGAGUUCUGCAGCUUUCAAUAUCGUUUCGUGUUUGUAACAAUCAUGUUUUAUAGACUUCAACUGAUUGUAUUUCAUUGUGCAUUUCAUUCAUCUGGUCGAUGAAUCCGCCGAUAAUGUUCUGCAUUGAAAAAAAAACGGCCGCGGUGGAGUUUAUUAAUUUACUUUUUGUAUGUAGUUUAUGUUUAGCUUUGUGGAUUUCAGUCUUGCAUGUAUAGUUUUACAGUUACUUGUCAACUGGCAGUAUCGGUGUAUGUACUAAAGCAGUUGAAAAAUCUUAUUUGUCAGUAUUCAUGUCUGAACACUUUCCUUCACGUCUUCUAAUUAAAAAGUGGAAUCCAAGAGAUCUGUUGAGUGUAUCUUUUUAUCUUUUUGAAUAAAUAAAGUUUAACUUUUCAAUGU